AAGAUAGAAAAAAAAUAAUAGCAAAAUAUUUAGAGAAGCAGGAUAUUCCCCAACUGUGACCUAAUUGAUGGAUAAUAUCUCGUGUUGUGUGCUAGAUUUAAAGACUAAAUUGCCUGUAGGUGUGAAUGUGAGUGUAAAUGGUUAUUUAUCUGUAAUUGGCUGGCAACCGGUUCAGGAUAUACCCCACCUCCUGCCGGAAAAUGGGUGAGAUUGGCUCCAGGACUCCCGGAUCCUUGUGAGGAUAAGUGGUUUAGAAAAUGGAUGCUGACUUCUUUUUUUUAACUUUUUAUUUUGUACAUUACCUAAGUGCUUUUAACAGUCUGUACUUUUUCUUUUUACUUGAGCAAAACUGAGGAAAUUAGACCGACUCCCCCCUCCCAAAAUAUAUUUUAUUUUGAAAAUAUACACCGGAAAAAAAUGUGUGAGCGCGUUAGUCUGUAUUCUGGCUUCGGGAAGGUGGUCCUGAUCGACAUUGACAAACACCGACCAGAAAAACAUCCGAGGAGGAACGUUUGCAACGUCUAAUGACAACUUUCAACUUGACAUCGUAUACGAAGGAUACCAUCAAAUGCGGAUUUGAGUCUAACCGUCGUUCUUAGGUGGUUGAGGGGGUUUGACUCUUUUAACUUGAAGAACGAAUUUUGAAAAGUUAUCGAGUUGAAAAUGGAGAGGCCAGCAGAGUGAUAGUGGGGUGAGGGGGCUGGAUUUGGCAUAUUUAGAAGUCCUGCCCUGUUGCUAGCUUGCAUAUUAGCAUGCUCAGCUUCGCCAUCGCUAUUUGGCACGAUUGAGAGUCUUCAUCUUCACUUCACCAGCUUUGCCUGUGAAUACAUUGAUGCUGACCUUGCGCUCUACACGCACUUUCAUCGAAACCAAUUCUUAAAGUUUGCACUUCUCUGUCCCAAGUGCAACCAAGCUCAUGUUAAAUUUUGGAUGCUGCAGUGCUUUCCUUGCUUCAAUUGUCACUGGAUUCCGACGCACUGACUCUGUGCAGAUAUAUCAGCACAGCAACAGAUGGUGACAUGGAGUAAUCGCAUAUUUGCUGGAGAGAGAAGACAUCCAACAUGUUUGUGAUAUUGAGGUAAUGAAAUCUUGGACGUUUUGCAUUAGUGGAUGGAUCUGAUACAUUCAAGAUCAGUGACUGCUGAUGCCAGCUGAUUGGGACUUCAGUUCAAUUCAUGAACCCCCUGUCUGAGUCGGGCCGCAGCCUAGACGACGUUGAGUCGCCUGUUGCGGUGAUGAGGCAGGGCUCCUGGUGGCCUGCUUGGCUGUCUGGGCUGAGUCCCCAAGUUAUGUGAUGGGGUGCAGGAACAGUAAGGUUCUCCCUGAGCCUCCAGGGGAUGUUCAGUUGGACCUGGUCAAAAAGGUGGAUCCACCCCCUCAAACAGACAUCUACAAACACUUCAUUCGAGGAGAUGGUACAGCGAGCAAGGCUGAUGGAGUGGGAAACGACAAGGUGGGCUCCACCUCCCCAUCUCUUACACAGCAGGCACAAGCUGCCACUACUGUCGCCUCCACCCAACACCCUAAAAAUUCAUCUGAGGUGUCAGACCCUCAACGGAAAAAGGUGGCCAAAUAUCGAGCCAAGUUUGACCCACGAGUCACAGCCAAGUACGACAUCAAAGCUUUGAUAGGUCGAGGGAGUUUUAGCAGAGUUGUUCGCGUGGAGCACAAGAGCACUCGGCAGCCGUAUGCCAUAAAGAUGAUUGAGACUCGGUACAGGGAGGGAAGGGAAGUUUGUGAGUCUGAGCUGUGCGUUCUUCGACGGGUUCGCCACACCAACAUAAUCCAGCUCAUGGAGGUCUUUGAGACAACCGAGCGUGUUUACAUGGUAAUGGAACUGGCCACCGGAGGAGAGCUGUUUGACCGCAUCAUUGCUCGGGGCUCCUUCACGGAGCGAGAUGCCACUCGGGUGCUGCAGAUGGUGCUGGAUGGCGUCAAGUAUCUCCACACUUUGGGGAUCACACACCGAGACCUGAAGCCCGAAAACCUGCUGUAUUACCACCCUGGCGCCGACUCUAAGAUCAUCAUCACUGACUUUGGACUGGCCAACAGCAGGAAGAAGGGAGACGAGUGUCUGAUGAAGACCUCCUGUGGCACGCCCGAGUACAUUGCCCCUGAAAUUCUGGUGAGGAAACCCUACACGAAUGCUGUCGACAUGUGGGCAUUGGGAGUGAUCUCAUACAUCCUGCUGUGUGGAACCAUGCCCUUUGAGGAUGACAACCGUAUGAGGCUCUACCGUCAGAUUCUCAAGGGGAAGUACAGCUUCUCUGGAGAGCCGUGGCCCAGUGUCUCCAACCUUGCCAAAGACUUUGUGGAGCGAAUUUUAACAGUGGAUCCUAGCUCGCGGCUGACUGCUGGCCAGGCGCUCAAGCACCCCUGGAUCGUCAGCAUGGCUGCUGCCUCCUCCAUGAAAAACCUACAACGCUGUAUAUCUCAGAACCUGCUGAAGCGUGCGUCAUCUCGCUGCCAUAGCACCAAGUCGGCCCAGUCUACGCACUCCAGUCGUUCAACCAAAUCCAACAAAGCUCGUCGUGUUCGGGAAAAAGAGCUGCGUGAGUUGAACAGACGCUAUCAGCAGCAGUACAAUGGCUGAAGCAUAACUUAUUGUGGGGACUGAAAAGGUCAAAUAGGUAUCGGUACCCCCAAAAAGAAACUCGGAGAAUAACCUGUUUCAAACGCCUUGACAAACAAACUUCGAGGAAGUUCCUGUUGCCAUCAAAACUGUAGAAUAAAUCAAAAUGAUAAUCCCUGAACUUUGAAGGACCUACUUUUUAUAGCAUUUUUUUCCAAUUAUGUUUUACCACAUUGUCAUCUCGCAUUCCAUUUAUCCAUCCACUAACUGGUUGGAGUACUUGUUUCCUUUUAUAUUGUUGUUUCAUGUGUCUUGACAUGUAUUUAUUGAUUAAUGUGGGCAGUCUUCAUUCAGUUGGUCACUGGAAUAAUGACCUUACAUGAGGAUCUGUUAAACAGUGGUUGGGCUAAUUAAGUUACUUAAAAGGACAGUAAACAUUCCCUCACACCCUCUUGAUUGAUGAUAAUUGCUGUGAAUUUAUGUACUAUUUGUCUUGAAGAGUGGCCGCUGGAGAUUUGCAGCAACAUCGACGCGACCUUGAAAGGCAAAAAUGAAGGCAUGUCUUGCCUUCCGUCUAAGAUUAUCUCAUCUUGCCAUAAUUGCUCUGUUUAGUACUUGUGUUUUUAACCUGCCAAAAGACUGUGAAUGUGAUUUCUCUUUUCAGUAUCGUAAAACCACACAGCCCAGCUCAAAGUGCCUUACAUAGAAGUGUAGACUCACAACUGAAAUUGUUGCUCCUUCCUUUUGCAAUGAUUUUUGAUUCUCAAGGUUAUGUGGCCGUUUAACCUAGUGCCCUAUAUUUGUCAUGGGAUUCAUGAGAAAACCUGCAAGUUGCACCUGACAAUUUUAAAUAUUGACUACAUUGUUUCAAAACCAGGAAACCCAAAUCUUGUUUUUGAAUUGCAAGACACUGACUAGACUGAAACCUUUAUUUUACUAUUUGUAAAUGCAUAAUAUUUGCAUUUAUUGUCAAAUGACGAGUGAAGGCAUUCCAUUGAUUUGCUUUUUUUCUUUAACCUUCACUUGGAAUGCUACAAUGAUGUUCCUAUUUGUAACAUCUGGGCAAAUAUUGGUACAGCUGCUCCUAAAUCAUGUUAAGUUUCACGCUGUCUCGUAGUUUCGAAGACUUACCCAUUAAUGCACUCUUCACUGACAGCUAGACCAAGAAAAUCCACAAGUCCUGUGAGAUUUACAUCACAGUUGAAUUACCAACGUUUGUGACUAAAUGCCACUUCAACUUUAAAUUACAAUACUAGCAGAUGCAACUAUGCAGCCUCUGUGUGAGGUUAAUUCAAGGUGGGAAUAAUACAUUUCCUCUUAUUUGCACUUGUAUUGAAAAACAAAAUUUUCCAACCAAAAAUUUAGAUAAUCAGAAAGUAUUCAUCAAAAAGAGGUUAGAAAGGCCCAGAAACUCUGUUAGAUACUGUAGAUGUAAAAAGCCUUUAUAUGUGGAAUUUAAAACUUUUUUUUUUUAUUAGCCUUAUUACAAGAUUUUUAAAAUUAUAGUAUCCAACUGAGUGCUUGAUUUGACAUGGAAUUCCUUCCAACUUCUGUUCUGGUGCAUAUUCAACCCUUCCAAGAACACCAGGGGAUACAAGAUAGCAGCAGCACUCUAACUGCCUUUUGUUGAAAACUGAUGUUGUUUUGGCCAGAAAGCAAAAUUCAUAUUUUAUAAUUAAAAAUUGCUACAAGUUUAAGUGUACUUGAAAGGGUGCAUGUUUGUAAAAAGCUAGUUAGACCUGGAAAACAGUUUCUUUUGACAGAAAUUCUUCGACACUUCAUUUUUAACUGUUCAACUUUCACACCUGAAUAUUUCAAGCAUCGUCCAACAGUUUCCCAAAUAUGGAGUUUUAUGGUGUUAUUUUGUGUUUUGAGUUCCUUGAGCACUUAAUGGAGAAAAUGAAAUGAUUCUCCUACAAGCACAGUAUUAUACAAUCAACGUAUAUAUUGUUUUAAUAUGCUACAAUUUCUUCAAUGAAAAUGUUGCUGUGAUUUACAAACAAUUAGGCUGUUUGUGAACUUUUUUUAAAAUACUGGAAACAGCUGCAUGAGCCAUUUUAGCUGACCUCAGUGUUUUGAUCAAUGUUUGCUUCACUUUAUUUUCUAGCACUCAUUCUGUUGCAUAAAUGCUUUCUCAUACACACCAGGUUGUGCUAUCCUGUUUUGAGUCUUCUUUUUUGUCUUCCACAAAACAGUAAUUGAGGCUAUCAUAAGAGCUGACAUCAAUACACUUUUGUCGACUCAGGCAGCUGUUUGAUGCCUCAUUUAGUUGCGGAAACUGAUGCUCAUUGUUGUCUUAGCGGAUUCCCUUUAUACAAUGUCUUUAAAGUCUUAUUAGAUUAAUUUCUCAUGAAGUAUAAACUUUUAAAACAAUAAAUCAUUUGAUGGGCUUGUGUUCUCUAGCUGUGCCAAGUACCUGAGAACAUGAGAGCUGUUUUAAUAACUAAAGUCCUUAGUUUUGCAGAAUGGCAGCACAACAAUACUUUCGAGUUUUUGUAUGUACAUAUAAUUGUGUGAUGUGAUAUAAACGACAAUGCCCGAAAUUAAGUUGAGAGCAGUUACCCAAAAGCAUUUGUUUUUGAUAGUAUGUAUAAAUAAGUGAUAACUUGUUGAUUCUUCAUUACCAUUUUGUUUGUCUAGAACAAUGAUGU